GAUGCAAAGUAUCUGACGGAAGAUGACUUCUUGAAGCUGCACAGGGAUCGGAGUCGACACCAGCAGACAAGCAUGCAGUGUCCAAAUACCUCCUGAUGAACGCCUACGACAUAACUGUACCUGAGAUUGCCACGCCUCAGUGGGUCGAGACAUAUGACAACGAGUGGGAGAAAAGGGUGUACAAGGACCUGCGUGCCCUGUCUGUAGCUAGAGGAGACACAAUACAGGAUAUGCUCGGCGCAGUCCAGCGGCGGGAACGGCUCUCCCAAAUGUACUACAGCAGCAUAGACGAAGGAAUUCCAAGCCAAGCACUUCACAAGCUCGCAGAGUCCCGAUAUGUCAAGUUGAGAUAUGCAGUGGACAUCAUGAUGCCUUGUGGAUUUGCGGAUACAUUUGCCCACAAUAAGGUACCUGCUCAGGAGCUUCGAGACAGCAUCGAUACGAUUUGGGGCGACAUCGUGGGUGAGAUGGGGAACAUGUGCACGACACUAGGCAAGGAGAAGCCAAGACACAAUAACUGGACAUUUAAGAACCAGCUUGGCUUCCUGAACACUGUCCUGUAUGAUGUUUUGAGCAUGAAGAUCAUGGCAGUCAAUAAGCGCAGGACAAUAUAUGAACUAAGGCAUUUCUCAAAUGUGGGAAUCACAUCGGACUUGCAAGGUGUCGCGAACCAUAGUCGAGUGCAAUGAGUGCUGUCGUGGUGAGGAAAUUCGAUCGGCGGUAUUUGAUUGGUCGAAAAUAAGAAAGGUGAUCGAGCGCGCGCUCAGCGCUCACCGGCAGAGAAAAAAAUCGCCGUUAAAAAAAUC